CCCACAGAUGUUAGGUUGCUUGUUUUUGACGGCGGAUCUGGCAACAGACGAAGCAUUUCCGUAGCUUGUUAGCUCUUUAUGCUAACUGGUUUGUCAUCGUGUUGAGCUCUACUCUAAAGGUUCGUGUUUUAUAGUACAACCGCUGUUUUAUUUUCAGUUAUAGCUUCACUUUUAACUCUAUUCUCCAUACAUUACGUAUGUUUGAUUCUUUAAAAAAACGUUAAUGUAACUUUGGGACGUUCUGAAGCACAAAGUCAAUGUGGAUGUUUAAUUUAAAUCUAACCAUGAAGUUUAUUUUGUGUUUCUGCUAACUGGCGGAACUGUAGGGUCCACAGACCUGAGGCUUCCCUCUGGUUUCAGUUGCCGUCUCGCAGGCGAGAUUAAAUCGGGUCAGACUUCAAGAUCAGACUGUUUAUCGGGAAUUUGCGUGAUCCGAACAGGCUGUGGGAGUUCUUCUGCCACCAGACCCUGACAGUUGCUUCCUAACACAGGAGGAGGUGUUUAAGAUCAUCCAGAGGAGUCCUAGUGCUCAGGUUGAUGGCCCAGAGAAUGGACAAACAGGUGUUGAGGUGACCCUCGACCUGCUCACAGAGGAAUCGAAGCACCUUGUCCCACUAGGUAGAAGGUGGUUGAUAGAUGCUUCUGCUGUAUGGUCACGUUGGCCCGAUCCUUCUGGUUGGAUGUCAGACAUUUUUGGUACUAUGGUUCUUAGAGCUGGUUCUCCAGGAAAUUGUGAACCACCACAUCUUGGUGAGACUGCAAAAGGUGUGAAACAGAGGAGGACAGGGAACGCUCCGGGGAUCUGCGGCAUUGGAGCCAAUUGAGCUCCUCCAGGCUCCUGCCGUCUUCCCAUUGUCCCUCCUCCGUAAAGUCACAUCAUUGUGAAGAUGAGGAGGGCGGAGCCAUCAGGGCGCUGAUCCAGCUGCAUGGAGGAUGUGUUUCUUCACUACCAGCCUGGAUCUGCUGAUGGGCUCAGGGCUCUGUUAGAGACCACAGAGAAGCUCCUGGAACCCUUCCCCUGUCGGCCUCCUUCAGUCUUCACCCCCUGGUCCCCCAGUACUGCAGACCGCCACCUACCCAUCAGACCUGCCCGACCGCCUCCCAUCAUCACCACCGCCAUUGUCCAGGAGACUGAAGAACAGGUCCAAGACCAGGAGGAGUCCUCAGGUUCUGGAUCAGCUCAGCAUUGGUUUCCACACAGAACUGACACUAAAUGCCUGUCAACCCAAACUCUGCCAUCAGUCAAAGAUGGCAUCCUGACCUCAGCCAGCGGGCGGCGCUGUCACACAGUGUCCCAACAUCUGCCAGAAAACAGAGAGGACGGUUCCACCACAGACAGACGCCAUGAUUGUCCACGAGCAGAAACACGGACAACCGAGGAACUGCCAAAACACAAAGAGCGCUUCGGUCUCUCAGAGAGCUCAGACCAGCUCCAACCAGGCCGCAAGAUCAUCAGGCUGUCAACUGACAAGGAACCACAUGGAAACGAAGAAGUCCUGGCUGCAGCAGACUCAAAGGUCAAAAGGUCGUGGAGCAUCUUUAGGCAGAAAGGUGUUGUGCUGCAGAGCAGUCAGUCGCCGUCCAAACAGUUCUGUCACAUGGUGUUGACCCACAGGCUCCACCUCCGCCAGCGGGCCAGAUGGACCGUCUGCCAGCACCACUGUGGGCCGACAACAGACAUCGAGCAGGUGUGGCAGUCCCUGAGCCGGGCCGUGCGGCGCUGCAGGCUGCCCACCUGUAACGCUCACGUGCAGAGGGAGCGGGCGGAGAUCUGGGUGUUCUGCGACGUCGUGUACUCGGAGCAGGUGGGCCGCUUCCUGAAGGAGGAGCUGCAGCUGUCGGGGCGCAUCAACCUGUCGGUGCGCAACGCGGGAAACGUCUUCAGCAUGUAGACAAAUAAAAACAUAUUUUAAUUUGUUUAAUUAGAAGUUAUCAGAUUCAGGAUGCAAAUCAUCAGCGUUUUAGAUCAAAUGUUAACUGUGCAGGUUUAUAGUGCUACUGAAGAUUUUUAAGACAGAGAAGUACCAAAUCUGUGUGAAUGAUGUAAAAUCAAAGAUGGCGGAGGAGUGGUGCCCAGUGUUGGUGCAGUCAGAACUGCCCUCUGGUGGCCGGAAUCUGCAUUAGGCCUCCAUACAUGCACUGCAACCCGGAAGCUGCCUAGAUGUCAGCCAGAAGAAUAACCUCCAAAUCUGUUGAACUUUAACCUUUGACCUCCACAGUAUGAAAUCUGUGUCAGGUCUGAUUGAGCGAGUGGGCUAGCUAACAAUGAUGAACGUGCAGGCGAAGAAGAACAGCCAUUUUCCCUAGGCUUCGGAUAAACCUAGGCAAGUGCCCCGUAAGUGAAUAGAGAAACUGAGUCUUGAUCUAGUGGCUGCUGCAGCCUCAGUCUGAUGGCCUCCACUGCUUGUACAGUAUCAUCGAUAUUGCAGAUAUUUUUAAAGUCAUGUAUUAUUGAUAUCGACACCACAUCCUUCCUUAUGGACAUGUCAUGGGUGCAUCUGUUGUCUUCAGUGUUCUGUUAAAAUAAAUGAAACCUUAUUGAUAUCCACAGUGUACUUUUUGCUUCUCGUCUCCUGUAGACUCUCCCUGAGCCCCACACCUCGCCAGCAUUAAACCACUUCAGCUGGUUUUUAAUGAGCAGGUUAGUCAAGCAGGAAGUAGAGUGGCAUUCAUCGUAGAGCUGAAUGGGUGUUGCUCUAGUUUUUCUUAAAUGGGUGUUUUUAAAAUUUCAUGAAUUUUUUUACUUUUUAUAUUUUAAUGGUUGUAGUUGAUGAUAAAUUCACUGUCUCCACAGUCUAUUAUUUAUAGAGAAUUCAUAGAUAUUGAAGUGUGUGUGUGGUGGGGGGGCAUUUUUCAGUCUGUAAAUAUUGAUGAAUGUGAGAUUUUUGCUGAGAUUUGUAUUUUUCCUGUUGUUUGUAUUUGUGUUCAUUAAUUAAAGUCUUGUGUUUUGUUGUUUGUUCUCAGUCACA